UCAUCCAAAAUUUUGUUUGUUAGGCGUGAUAAAAAUGUUACUUCCAUUACUUUUAAAUUUAGGCAAAUAGCUGGGCUCGUUAGAUCGCGGCUAAACAACAACAAACAACCUUAGCAUGCACUUUACGAAAAUAUGAGGAAAUGAAAUGCAUUAAAUUAUGCCCAAAGUCAAUCAUAGUGCAGGCAAGGAAGUCGUUGAAAAGUCAAUUACUUGUCGCUGCGCCCAAGCAUUAUAACUUCCGUCUGAUCUGCCGUGCAUUAUCGGUCAACUAUGGCGAUGCCAAGGCGCUGACGCCAGCUGUCAAAGCCUAUGUGGAGCAGUGCGUCAGCCUGUGCCAGCCCGAUCAGCUGCACAUCUGCGAUGGCAGCCAGGCCGAGAGCAAGCAGCUGCAGCAGCUUAUGCUGAAGCAGGGCACCAUUGUGCCGCUCUCCAAGUACGAGAACUGCUGGCUGGCGCGCACUAAUCCCGCCGAUGUGGCACGUGUCGAGUCCAAGACUUUCAUCUGCACGCCACGCAAGGAGCAGACGGUGCCGGUCACCCCAAAUGCCACGCCUGGCACGCUGGGCAAUUGGAUCAGCGAGGCGGAUCUGCAGGCAGCCAUUGCUGAGCGCUUUCCAGGCAGCAUGAAGGGCCGCACUAUGUACGUCAUACCCUUUAGCAUGGGUCCAGUAGGCUCGCCGCUCUCCAAGAUUGGCAUUGAGAUCACCGACUCGCCCUAUGUGGUGGAGUCCAUGAAGAUUAUGACGCGUGCCGGCAGCAAAGUGCUCCAAGUGCUGCAGCAGGGCGAUGGUCAGUUCGUCAAGUGUCUUCACUCCGUGGGCACGCCCGCCAGCGGCACACAAGCUCAGCCCAGCUGGCCCUGCGAUCCUGAGCGCACCAUCAUUCUCCACAAGCCCGCCGACAAUGAGAUUGUCUCCUAUGGCUCUGGCUAUGGCGGAAACUCGCUUCUGGGCAAGAAGUGCUUUGCUCUGCGCAUUGGCAGCACCAUUGCCAAGCGGGAGGGCUGGCUGGCGGAGCACAUGCUCAUUUUGGGCAUCACCAAUCCGCAGGGCAAGAAGAUCUAUGUGGCGGCCGCUUUUCCCUCGGCCUGCGGCAAGACCAAUUUGGCCAUGAUGACGCCCACUCUGCCAGGCUACAAGGUGGAGUGCGUGGGCGACGACAUUGCCUGGAUGAAGUUCGACUCCAAGGGCGUGCUGCGUGCCAUCAAUCCCGAGAAUGGCUUCUUUGGCGUGGCUCCCGGCACUUCACGCACCACCAAUCCCAUUGCCAUGGACACUAUUUUCCGCAAUACGGUGUUCACUAAUGUGGCCUCCACCUCAGAUGGCGGCGUCUACUGGGAGGGAAUGAGUGCAGCAGAGAUGGGCAGCGCCAGCAUCACCGACUGGCUGGGCAAGCCCUGGUCUAAAGACUCCGGCAAACCAGCUGCGCAUCCCAACUCCCGCUUCUGCACUCCCGCAGCUCAAUGCCCCAUCAUUGAUCCCGCCUGGGAGGAUGCUGCUGGCGUGCCCAUCUCUGCUAUACUCUUUGGUGGGCGUCGCCCUGCUGGCGUGCCGCUGGUCUAUGAAGCACGCGACUGGGCACAUGGCGUCUUUAUGGGCGCCGCCAUGCGCAGCGAGUCCACCGCAGCAGCUGAGCACAAGGGCAAGAUGAUCAUGCACGAUCCGUUCGCCAUGCGUCCGUUCUUUGGUUACAACUUUGGUGACUAUCUGUCGCAUUGGCUGAGCAUGGAGCAGCGUGGUCAGGUGCCCAAGAUCUUCCAUGUGAACUGGUUCCGCAAGAGCGACGAGGGCAAGUUUCUCUGGCCCGGCUUUGGCGACAACUCGCGCGUGCUGGACUGGGUAUUCCGCCGGGUGCAGGGCGAGCAGUGCUACGAGGAGUCGCCCAUUGGUCGGCUGCCCAGUGAGGGAGCGUUGAAUGUGAGCGGCAUGCAGGGUAAAGUGGAUCUCACUCAGUUGUUCGAGCUGCCCAAGGAGUUCUGGCAGCAGGAGGCGAAGGAGAUUGAGGCGUACUUUAAGGCGCAGGUGGGUGAGCACCUGCCCAAGGCGGUGGCUGCCCAGCUGGGCGAACUGAAGGCACGUGUGGCCAAGAUGUGAUUUGGGUAAACAUAGUUUAAAUAAAACGACAAGAGUAUAAAU